CGCGAUUUCCACAAAGGGAUAAAUACAAAAUGGCGGAAGAAGAAGAGCUUUUCACGUGUACUAGUGUUUGACCCUUUUUAACUUAAUUCUUGUUUUUUGGCUUAUAAAAGGGUCAUAUAAACAUGGGUAAGCAUAAAGGAAAAGGAAAGUCGUCACAAAGCCGACARAAAACGAGUAAAAGCUUAAGAUACGAAGAAAAAUGGCAAAAGGAUGUAUCCAGUGAGAUUGAAUACGGUGGAGACUACGAGAACUGUGCACAUGGAGAAGCAAGUGCGCAGAAAGAUUAUGGCCGUGGACUACCCUUUCCUUUGGCAAUGUGGGAUUUGGAACAUUGCGACCCCAAAAAAUGCUCUGGAAAAAAACUUUCAAGACUAGGAUUCGUCAGGACUCUCAGAAUAUCCCAGAGUUUCAAAGGCAUUAUUCUCAGUCCUGUUGGAACACAAUGUCUUUCUCCAGAGGACAGAGAUAUUGUAAGUGCUCAUGGAGUUGCUGUGAUUGAUUGUUCUUGGGCAAAGCUGCAGGGUACACCAUUUAAGAAGAUGCACGGAGGUUACCCUAGGUUGUUGCCGUACCUUGUUGCUGCCAAUCCUAUCAACUAUGGGCAUCCUUGUAAACUCUCUUGUGUCGAAGCGUUUGCUGCAACUCUAUACAUCACAGGUUUUGAAGAAAUUGGAAGAAACAUCCUAAGAGUAUUCAAGUGGGGAAAAACAUUCUAUACACUGAAUCAGGAACUCUUGGAUCUUUAUGCAUCUUGCCAGAACAGCAAGGAAGUCAUUGAAGGACAAAACGAAUGGUUAGAAAAGUGUGAAAAGGAAAAGAGUGAAGCUCAUGCUUCAUCGCAAGACAUGACAGAUAUUGACAUGGAGAAAGAACAUUUUAAUCCCAAUAGAUUAGUCUCUUCUUCUCAGUUUGGAUAUGACAGGGAAGAAGAGUCAGAUGAGGAUGAUGAUGGUGAUGAUGAUGAUGAUGAUGAGAAUGAGGAGGGCCACAUUGAUAAUCAUGGCAAUGAAGACAGUAAUGACAAUGAUUCAAAUGAUGAAGAUGAUUGUAAACAAAGUGAUAAUGGUAAUCAUAAUGAUAUUGAUAUCAAAGACCAUGGUGUUGAUGAUGAUGAAGAUAAUGAUAAUAAUGACGUAAACCAAAUGAAACCUUCCAUUAAUAAUGACAGCACGCAAUCUCCAAUCAAAGUUAACAAGGAUAAAAAUGUCAACAACAUAAAUGACAUACACAAAGAUGAUGAAGACGAUGAUGAUGAUGAUAAUGAUGAUGAUAAUGAUCAGUGCCUAUCUGAAUCUAAUCAUAAUGUUACCACAGAUAUUCCCAACCAAACAAAAAAUGAAAUUCAAAGAAGUAACGAUACAAGAAAAAAAUUGGAUAGAAAAUUUGACGGUAGUGAGAUUCAGAGCUUGAAACUUGAAGACAGAACUUGAAACCAGCUACAUUUAUUUGGUGGUUUGCACUGGUUUUUGAGGAAGUCUUUAUUCAUGAAAUGUUCCCAAGACAUUAAGGUAACUCAAAGGAAAAUAUUGUAUGUCUUUUCCCAAUAUAGACGUAUGUAUAUCGAUUGAUUAAAAAAAUGAAAUAUAUAUUUUUAA